GGCAGUGUGCAUGCGCGGUGCAUUCUUUAGCUGCAGAUUUUCCAUUACUAAAAUUCUUCUACAGAAAGUCAUUUAACUUUCAAUUUAGCAUUAUGCGGCCUCCAAACACCUCUCUGUUUGUCCGGAACAUCGCAGAUGAGUCCAGAAAAUGUAAAAGCGUCCAGUUGUGGAGCGGCCACAAAGAGUUACAAAGACCCAUUAGCUGUAUUAGCCGUAAAGACAAAGAGGCCAAAGGAGCAAAAGAGAGAGGGUGAAAGUUUGAAAGACAAAGAAAAGAAAGUAAAGCAUGAAGAGGAAAAGGGGAUCGGAGACAAGGCUUGGAAAAGGUUUAAGACGAGAAAGCAGGAAGUCUGUCUGCAAGUCGAUUAAAGGGUUAAAGAUCAAGAUGAAGUCAAAGUCAAGUCAAGGUAACAAGUCUGUAUUGUUUUACGUGCGCGACGCGGAGGAUGCUCUCCACAGUCUGGACAGGAAGUGGGUCUGUGGCCGACAGAUCGAGAUCCAGUUUGCCCAGGGUGAUCGAAAGACACCAAACCAGAUGAAGUCGAAGGAGCGGCGAUCUCCAGGGGGGCGGUCUCCAGGACGAUCCUCUCGCUAUGAUGAUUAUGAUAGAGACAGUCGCCGUCGGCGAUCACGUAGUCGUAGCUAUGAGCGCUAUCGCUCCCGCAGCCCUUCGUAUGACCGCCACCGCCGGCGCUCCCCCAGCCCCCGAGAAUCUCACCGAAGACGAAGGAGCAGAAGUCAUGAAGAUGGCGGAUACAGACAGAGGCCUCGCCGUGAGUCCCGUGCCCGUUCCCGUUCUCGCUCACGCUCUGCUACGCCCAGAGAGGAGCCUCCAGCGGCACCUCACUUUGAAGAGGAGCCGCGGCACAGAUACUCGCGCUCACACUCACGCUCUGCUUCCAGAUCUCGCUCUCGCUCUCGAUCCUGGGCCGGACGCAAAUCUGGAGGCCGUUAAGAGAAGGAGGGCGUGAGGAGAGUUUUUGACAUGAAUGUAUCGUCCCAUGAACCAUUUGUAAAAAGCUUGUCACGUCUAACGAUAAGUGCUGUUGCUUGGUUUUAUACAGUUGUUUGUGUUAAGUACUAUUCUCACAAAGAGUGUUUUUUUUGUUUUUUUUUGUAGUACUUGGUUUCAUAAACCCUAUGCAUCAUUUGCUAAAGAAAAUCAGUAUUUUUUAACCUAUUGAUAGUUUGACAAACCAUUCCAGUGUCGAGUUUGGAACCUACAUUUGUUAUGCUGGCUGUUUUUUCAGAGCUGUUGGAAUUCUGUUGGGUGUGUAAGCAAGUAAAGAGUCAAACUUGUGUUAAGCUUUGCAUGUACAUUAUCUUUUAAGCCUUGUUAAAGCCGAGGAGCAGCCCAGUAGUUUGUAAAUAUGUUGAGAGUAUUGGAUGGCAAAAAGGCGACAGUUGACCAGUUCAUCUCUAAAGAAACUAAUCCGAUAGCCUUUACAGAAUGCUCUCCUUAAAAGGGAAGCCAGAAAUGUUUUUGAGUUGAUUUGGAAAAGAAAUGCUUUGAGGUUUUUGACUUUGAAAUGUGUGGAAAAAGCUGCUAUGGAUGUCUUUUUUAAGUGUUCAUCAUCAGACAGUGACUUACCUGAAUUUCUGUUGGUGUAUUUUUUUGUCAAAUUGGACCUUUUCAAAGUGUGGUUUUGUCUUUAAAGUCCCAAAUGAGGAAGAGGUAAUUGUGGUUUACAUGACUGUUUUCACAACUGUUGUCACUUGCAUGUUUUAGCCUUGAAUCUUCUUUGUCUACUAGAAAAUCUGUUAUUUUUGAGUAAUAAACCAGUA